CUCAGCUGCCUGCUGUACUCAGAGAGCAGCUCCCACAUCCGCGUUGCUCAGUGACGUCACGCCAGGCUAAAACAGGAAGCGCUAAUCUCCAGGGGUUUUCGCGGCUCGUCCACAGCGUCCCAAGCGAUCGGGCUUCAGACGUGGUGUGUGUACUUUCAGCGAAACCUAGAAAAACUGCCCAGCUCCAAUCGCAGCGAGUCAGAAGACCUGCGCUGGUUAGCACAACAAUGCCUGCCGGUGUGUGUGGAUGUUGUGGGCGAUGUCGUCCCCGCUACAAGCGCUUGGUGGAUAACAUUUUCCCGGAGGACCCAAAGGAUGGCUUGGUGAAGUCAGACAUGGAGAAGUUGACAUUCUUUGCUGUAUCUGCUCCAGAGAAGCUUGACCGUAUAGGAGAGUAUCUUGCCGAGCGCCUCAGCAGGGAUGUGGUCCGACACCGAUAUGGGUAUGUGGUGAUUGCAAUGGAAGCACUGGAUCAGUUGCUGAUGGCGUGUCACUCACAGAGCAUCAAACCGUUUGUGGAGAGCUUUUUGCACAUGGUGGCAAAGCUGCUGGAAUCCAAGGAACCAGACCUGCAAGUGCUGGGGACCAACUCCUUUGUGAAGUUUGCGAACAUUGAGGAGGACACACCUUCAUAUCAUCGGCGUUAUGAUUUCUUCGUCUCCCAGUUCAGUGCCAUGUGCCACUCCACACAUGAAGACCCUGAGACGCGCACCAGAAUCCGUGUAGCAGGUAUCAAAGGGCUACAGGGAGUCGUAAGGAAGACAGUGAAUGAUGAAUUGCAGGCAAUCAUCUGGGAACCUCAGCACAUGGACAAACUCAUUCCCUCCAUGCUCUUCAACAUGCAGGACAAUGACGAAUUAGACAGGGGUGGAGGAGAGGAGAACCCUGCGUCCCUGGCUGAGAACUGCUUUCGGGAGUUGCUCGGUCGUGCUGCAUAUGGAAACAUGAACAACGCUGUUCGGCCCGUGCUAGUGCAUUUGGAUAAUCAUCAUUUGUGGGAUCCAAAUGAGUUUGCAGUGUCCUGCUUCAGAAUUAUAAUGUACUCCAUACAGGCUCAGCACUCACAUCAUGUGAUCCAGCAGGUUCUGAACCACCUGGACACACACAGUAAGAACACACCUCGUGUACGAGCAGGUAUCGUCCAGGUGCUGCUGGAGACUGUCGCCAUAGCAGCUAAGGGCUCUGUUGGCCCGACAGUGUUAGAGGUUUUUAACACCUUGCUCAAGCACCUCCGUAUGAGUGUUGAUUUCGAGCUGGGUGAUGGCUCUCGCAGAAACUCUGGAACGAGUCUCUCUUCUGGUCGCGGCAAAGAGAACGAGGAGCGCGUCGUCCAGAAUGCCAUUAUUCAGACUAUUGGGUUCUUUGGAGGCAAUCUACCAGAUUAUCAGCGUGCUGAGGUUAUGAUGUUCAUUAUGGGGAAAGUUCCAGUAUACGGGACACCUUGUCAUUCUCUGGACACCGUCAAAAUUGGGCCCCAGGGUACUAAGAGGAUUCAAACGAUGCUCCUCAGUUCUCUCAUUAUGGUGACAUCUGGUUUUAAGUGUAAAACAAUGAGUGCUGGUUUGCCGGCUGCAUUUCUGGAGCCCCUCUGCUCCAUGUCUCUGAUGGAAGACAGUGAGCUGCGGCAACUGGUCCUUGAGAUCCUACACAACAUCAUUGAUCGCCACGACAACAGGGCCAAACUCCGCGGCAUCCGAAUAAUUCCUAAUGUUGCAGCUCUGAAAAUAAAGCGAGAGAAGAUCUCCAAACAAGAUGUCAUUUUCAUGAAAAAGCAUGGGCAGCAGUUGUACAGGCACAUCUAUCUGGGCUGUAAGGAGGAAGACAACAUGCAGAAGAAUUUUGAGCUUCUCUUCACUGCUCUUGCUCUGAUCACUAUAGAGCUAGCUAAUGAGGAUGUGGUCAUAGACCUUAUACGCCUCUCUCUCGCUCUGCAGGAUAUGGCUCUAGAUAAUGAGGAGAACAUGCCGAUGUUUAUUCGCUGUGGUAUCAUGGCACUGAUUGCAGCCUACCUAAACUUCCUCAGCCAAAUGAUUGCCAACCCUGCCUUCUGCCAGCAUGUCAGCAAGGUUAUUGAGUUGAGGAAUAUGGAUGCUCCCUACUUGCUACCUGAACAUGUGUUUCGAGAGAAAUGUGUGCUUCCUGUGGCUCUGGACCGUGAGGACGGUGGCAUGUAUUUUCAGACAGCUGACCUCGUUGAUGCCCUUUCUGGACCAGGAUACAAUGCAGAAAGACUUGCUGUGCUAUAUAUACCACAAGUUACAGAUGAAGACCGAUUGACUCGGAGGAAGAGUUUUGUGGACACUAUCUCACUCCAGGUGGACAUCCUGUCCAGCAGCCUUCCUGACCAGUCGCAGUUAGCAGAAGAGAUUACCUACGAGACUCUGAAGAAGGCCAUUGACACCACCGGUUUGGAAGAGCAGGAGAGAGAAAAGAGGCGGCAGGUGAUGGAGAAAUUCCAGAAAGCUCCGUUUGAGGAGAUUGCAGCCCAUUGCGAAUCAAAGGCCAACAUGCUGCAUGAUCGUUUGGCGCAGAUCUUUGAACUGACUAUACGCCCGCCCCCGAGUCCCUCCGGCACAGUGACAGUGACUUCAGGCCACGCCCAGUACCAGUCUGUGCCCGUCUAUGAGAUGAAGUUUCCUGACCUCUGUGUCUACUGAGCCUGAAGCUUAACUGUAUCACACUCACUCACCUUUAACCUUUGCCCUUUACCAGAUCACAACCACUCACUCUUGACUGUAAUUACAUAAUUACAUCCAUGCACCUUUACAUGCUAAGCGUUCACCUUUAAGCAGACCAGCACUGUAACCUUUGACCCCAAAAAUUUACUUAAUCCCAAGCACUAAUCUGUCACUUGCUUCUAAACACUUAUUUAAAUUCAGACCAAGAAAUCUGACCUGAGCACUGCAGAUAUCUGCAUCCCGUAAUGCAAUAACCAAUUAUCCCAAUUCCUUUCAGCAGCUGUGUAAUCAUUAUGUCAUUAUACACUAAUCAUGUAGGGUAUGAUGACGUAGUGAGUGAGUGUGUGUGUGUGUGUGUGUGUGUGUGUGUGUUCAGCUGCGUUAGUUCAGAGGCCUUUGUCUCUUCGUGAAUCACAGACUUGAAAAAAAUGUUUACAUGACUUGUAAUUACUCUGAAACGUGCCCUUGAGACUUAGUAUUCCUGUAUGUCAUGAUGUUAGCAUGCAGGAAUCUCCUCUGGCUGAAUGUAGGACUGUUUGAGCCUCAGUAGAACAUCAGUCUCACAGCGAAUGUUCAACACAAUCCCUGCACUUGCUACAAGUUGCUUUGAGGACCUCAGAUUCAGGGGUGUGAACUGAUUCCACAAAGUUUCAUACAGAUCAGUGGUUUCUGGGCUAUAUGAACUUCCAGCCUUUCUUUAUUUGUCCCAAUUCCUAACAAGCUUGAGCCAGCCCUGAAAUGUGGAAAAGCCUUGAUUACUGAGCCCUGAAAUGUGGAUUGGGAGAAUGUAUCUAUUUGAAAUGUUCUGAAACAUAUCCGUACAUUGUAUUAUAUAUAAUCUUAUAUAUGAAUACAGUUUGUUGUUUUUUUGGCUGGAUACGCACUUUAGAGAUGCAAAUAAGAGCACAAACUGUGAUCGUGACAGUCAUGUCACUGAAGAGCCCCAAACACACACUCACCCAGAGCGGCUAUUUACAGCUUCUAAUCCAAUUCUGAGCUCAUGUACAACAUUUGAAACAUUUGGACCAUUGUUUUUCUGCACAUUUUUGCAGAUAGCAUUGUAAUGUUGGAAAAUGCUGAAAGUUAGCAGCUUUAGACUGCAAGUACAUCACACACUUCUAUUUUCUUAUAGAUAUACUUAUAUAACAUUAGGAUAAAAGGUUCUAAGUGUAAAACAAGCUUCUUAGAGACUUUAUUCUUCUAGCUAAGCAAAUACAUAAGAGUAGAAUGUUGAAGCUUAAAAUGUGACUGUUAAAAGCUUAAAUACUAUGCUGUAAAUCUCUGAAAUCUUAUGCUGUAAAUGUAUGCCUCGGUGAGCUUUUUUAUUGAUUGCUUUUAAUCCACUACUAUUAUCAUGCAUUUUAUUUUUUGGAAACUCAUAUGCCUGUGUGAUUGUGUAAUAGGGUUUAGGAGAUUUAAACCGAAUUUGUAGAGUCAGCACUUCUUGCUGUCAGUGGUGUCAGAGUAGUCUAAUACAGAUCAUCUUAAAUCUUGCUGUUCUGUUCCAUGGAUUCGCAAAUGAGCCAUCUGUGUAAAUGAGCAGUGUUAUGAAAGCUGUUCUCAUACAAAUUAGCCUGAAAAUUAGCCAGAAAUGCUGUUUGCAUUGGCUGAAUUUGUAGCGCAAAAGGAUUCAGGAUGGGUUUCGUCAGGCUAACAUCAGAGAGUGUUCAGGAAGUCAUAGCACAUUUUUACCAAAUUACAAUUAUUUGUUUGAUCCUACUACAUUGAGAAAAAAAAAAGAAAAAAAAAAACAUUGUAAUGUCCA